UUUACAAAAAUGUGUGAAGAACUCCAUUUCCAUGGCGAAAUAGCUCUGUUUUUCUCCAUCUGGGUCUGCCUUUUUUGAUCGAAUAAAGUUAUCGUCGAUGUCGGCCGGGCAAUUCCUCUGCCUUCAUCUUCCAUUUUCGUGGUCCUAAAGUUGCAGAACAUCUUCCCUCUCUUUUUCCAAAAGAAAAUAAAAGAUUUCAGAACGGAAAGAAAAAGAGAAAGAAAGCAAGAAAGCAAGAAAGCAAGCAACCAACAAGGAGGGAAUUCCAAUUCAAAAUCUGUUCCUCUGUUUUCUUCUUCAAAUUUUCAAACCGUUUGCUUUUCUUUUUAAAAACCCCUCAUCGUUCCCACUGAUUUUGGCUUCAAAAAUGGAGAAAUUUCCCAUCUCUGACGAAAAUUUCCACCUGGGUUUUCGUCCUUCCUCGUCUUCCAUGGAUCUAAAUGAUCAAUCCACCAUAUCUGAAACCUCCGGCCAGUCUCCGGCCAGCGGCUACUCUUUCUCUUACUGUAGAACCAGCUCCGACGCCUCUGCCUUCUCUGACCCCACCACCGACGACAGCAGUUUCUGCAUUGAGCCCUCUCCGGCGAUUCUGGCCAGACAGGGCACCAGAAAAUAUAAACUCUCCGCCGGAGACAAGGUCGACGAUCAAGACGCCAUGGAUUCCGAAGUGGAGAUGAUGAAGGAGAGAUUUGCAAAGCUUUUACUAGGAGAAGACAUGUCAGGAAGCGGAAAAGGGGUUUGUACGGCAGUUACAAUUUCAAAUGCUAUUACUAAUCUUUAUGCGACGGUGUUUGGACAGAAUCUGAAACUGGAGCCAUUGCCACCGGAGAAGAAGGCUAUGUGGAAGAGAGAGAUGUGCUGUUUGUUGUCUGUUUGUGAUUACAUUGUUGAGUUCUUCACUAUAUCUCAAACUUUGGAAGAUGGAACUUCAAUGGAGGUGUUGAGCAGCAGACAAAGGUCAGAUAUAUGUCUCAACCUUCCAGCAUUGCAAAAGCUUGACCUGAUGCUCUUGGACAUUUUGGAUAGCUUUCAAGACACUGAGUUCUGGUAUGCCGAAAAAGGAAGCAUGUCGUCGAACUCUAAUCAGUCGAAAUCUGGUUCGUUUCGUCGACUGUCAUUGCAAAAAGAGGAGAAAUGGUGGCUGCCAGUUCCUUGUAUUCCUUCAUGUGGUCUAUCGGAGAAGGCAAGGAAACAUUUGCGAAAUAAACGCGAAUGCGCAAAUCAAAUCCACAAAGCUGCUAUGGCAAUCAACAGCACCAUUCUUGCUGAAAUGGAAAUUCCAGAGUCAUUCAUAGACACUCUUCCAAAGAGUGGAAAGGCGAGUAUAGGCGAUACAAUAUACCGUUACAUGUAUAGUGCAGACAAAUUCUCACCCGAACAUCUGCUCGAUUGCUUGAACAUAGGAUCCGAACACGAUGCGCUCGAACUUGCAGACCGGAUCGAGGCUUCGAUGUAUACAUGGAGAAGGAAAGCAUGUCUGAGCCACUCAAAAUCCUCAUGGGAAUUGGUAAAGGAUCUAAUGGCUGAAACUGAUAGAAGUGACAAAAACACUAUCUUGGCAGAAAGAGCCGAGACCUUACUUUUGUCCUUGAAACAAAGAUUCCCUGAACUUUCUCAAACAACCUUAGACACUAGCAAGAUUCAAUACAAUAGGGAUGUAGGACAGGCAGUGUUGGAGAGUUACUCGAGAGUGUUGGAAGGAUUGGCAUUCAACAUUGUGGCUUGGAUUGAAGAUGUUCUUUCUUCUGAUAGGUCCAUAAGAAACCAAGAGUAGGACCCUCCUUUGUUACCAAGAAAAGGGAAAAUAGACUAUUUUUAUAACAUUUUAGAAUUGCCCUUUUUCUUCUUGUUUCAACUUUUAGAGUAUAGAUGAAAGUGAAUAAGAUCUUUUCUUCUAAUGUUUAGUUUGUUAGGUGUUUUUUUUUUUUCCUUUUUAGAGUCGUUUGUUUAUACAUAUAUGGUUACAAUUUGUAUAAAAAAUAUAUGGUCAGUUUGGUAAUCCCUAUUUGUAAAUUAUCGAUUACGCUUUAGGUUGAAUUUCACAUUAUUUUUUUUAGACUCGAUUU